AUGGACACGCACGUGCGCCCUAGCCGGGGUGUGCCGCGGGUGUCACGACCCUCACGUGGCUGUGCUAGUCUGGGAGUCUUAUCUCAGCAGUAUGCCUCUCAGUUCCUGGUGAGGAAACGUCGAGCAAAUUCUUUUAUGGAAGAAAGUAAGAAGGGCAAUCUAGAAAGAGAAUGCAUUGAAGAAUUAUGCAAUAAGGAAGAAGCCAGGGAAAUCUUUGAAAAUAAUCCUGAAACUGAGUAUUUUUAUCCUAAAUAUUUAAGCUGCCUCGCCUCCCAUCGCGCGGGGGUUUUCAGAGUUACUGCAGUUACUCCAGAUUCUCCAGCUGACCUGAGGGCUUGUGUCAAUGAAAUCUCAAACCAGUGUAGCCCUCUGCCAUGCCAUAAAGAUGGAUAUAAGGAUUGUAUAGAUGGACAAGCCAAAUACACUUGUGUCUGUAAACCAGGAUGGCAAGGAGAGAAAUGUGAACAAGAUAUAAAUGAAUGUGAAGACUCAAAUGGAGGCUGUAGCCAACGCUGUUCUAAUUUACCUGGGAGCUACCGUUGUUUGUGUGAAGAUGGCUACUUCAUGCACUCAAAUAAACGGGAUUGCGGAGAUAUAAAUGAAUGUGUGUUAUACCCAAACAUCUGUGGGACAGCCACAUGUAAAAAUACCCUGGGAAAAUACGAAUGUGAAUGUGCAGAAGGUUACACAUAUAAUUCAACUUCCAAGAACUGUGAAG